AUGCUCUGUUGUUGGGCUCCUUAAUUCGUGACUUGUUAUGGUGGUUUAGCGCUUUGGCCCAGGGUCGCAACGAACCAGAACCGACGACCUUUUCCAUAAGAUGUCGAGCCGUGCGCUGCGGAGACUGAAAGGAAAGCAGAGGGGACAGGAGGACAUUGAUAUAGGAGAUCUGAGACUUAAUUGUGAACAUGGAAAGAAUGUGGAUCUAGAAGAGGAAGAGAAGGACGGCGAGGUUUCACCGCCGGUCACACAGAGCAGUCGGAAAGCGAAUAAGAGUAAAACACAGAAGAAUAUAAGCAAUAUUUAUGAACUGAUAGGCGAAGCUGACAACGAUACAGACAAAACUCCGACAGAUGAGGAGGCUGCUGUGACAACAAGAAAGCUGGAAGAGAGUCGUGUCAGUGAUGGACUACAGAAACAGCCGUGUCCGCUCGAAACGCAGGCCGGAAAGUCUGACUGUAGUGGGAAGGCAAACAAGAAGAAGAAGAAGAAGAAGAGAAAAAAAACACCUGCUGGGGAUGCACAGGAGGAGUCAGGCGCAGGAGAUGACAUAGAUUCAUUAUUGGAGACCAUAGAAAAGACCAAUGGCCUGUCACACCAGAGUGAGGAGAGUGGGGCUCCAGGCCAUAGGCCUGUGCUUUAUGUGGAACACAGGAAUCUGAAUCCCGAGACUGAACUGAAGAGAUAUUUUGGAGCUCGGGCUGUAUUGGGUGACCAAAGGCCCAGGCAGAGACAGAGACAGUUUCAUCGCAGCACCUGGAUGACUACGCCCAAAGACACUUGGCCUCGCUUUAGUCGACCAGGUAUCACUAUGAAUCUGCUGGAGUCUGCAAAUGGUCUCCAGUUCUUUGCAUUUGAGCAUAGUCGUGAUUAUCAGCAGGUCCAGUUCAAGUUUUUUGAUGCUGUGGAGUCCAUGGAUCCUAAUAACAUUGUGGUCCUACUGCAGCUUAAUCCCUACCACAUCGACUCACUCUUACAACUCUCCGAUGUCUGCCGCAUCCAGGAGGACCAGGAGACUGCCAGGGACCUCAUUGAGAGGGCUUUGUACAGCUUUGAGUGUGCAUUCCACCCUGUGUUCAGCCUGACAUCAGGCACGAGCAGACUGGACUACUGCAGACCAGAGAACAGGGCAUUUUAUCUGGCCGUGUACAAGCACAUGAUGUUCCUGGAGAAAAGAGGUUGUCCUCGCACUGCUCUGGAGUACUGCAAGCUCAUUCUGAGUUUGGACCCAGAUAAUGAUCCUCUGUGUAUGCUUCUGCUGAUUGAUUUCCUGUGCCUGCGCUGUCGGGAGUACGCUUUCCUCAUCCGACUCUAUGAGGAGUGGGAGGCUCAUCGGAACCUGUCGCAGCUGCCUAACUUUGCCUACUCAGUGGCUCUGGCUUGCUACCACCUGAGUCAGCAGGAGGAGACUACACCAGAGGAGAGUCAGCACGUCAAACUCAGAUCAGACCGGUUGCUCCAGGAUGCUCUUAUUAUGUUCCCUGGAGUGUUGAUGCCUUUGUUGGACCUGUGCACAGUGCAGCCUGAUGCUGCGGUGUCUUCCCACGCAUUCUUCGGCCCCAGAUGCCGCUUGGGGCUGCCCCCUGCACUCUCCGAGCUGGAGGGCCUGUAUGUGGGCCGUUGUCACAGCGUGUGGAAAGAAGCGGGGGUGAUGCUCUGGAUGGAGGGCAACGUGCAGGAGGUGCUCAGGAGGGUGGACGCAAAGGAUCCCAUAGUGGAGGACUGCCAGAACAAGAGGAAGCAGCGGUACCAGAGUGCUCCCAGGAACAUCCACAGACAUGUGCUCCUGUCUGAAAUAAAAGAGGCCACAUCCACACUGCCUCUGGAUGUGACCACCCACCCAGUAAUGAGUUAUGACCCCCUCCCUCCUCUGGAUUCUGUAGUCUCCUACAACAGGCCAGAAAGGCAGAAUGCGAGAGCCUCAAAUGAGAGCACCUUGUCUUUGUUAUUCCGCUCCAUACUGCCAAGCUUCAACCUGCAGGGUGGACAAAGGCCCGAGGAUGGCCUAGAAGUGGCACGUGCUGGGCGGGAGCUGAACCAGGAAGUGAAUCGACUGAUGGUGGCCAUGAGGGACAUGCUGGCUAAUAUACAGUUCCAGGAACCACAGAGGGAAGACAAUCCGGACCGAGAUGAGGAGGAGUGGGACUGAGAGCAGGAGAGGGACAGUGAUACUGAGAGAAAGGCAGACAUUGGUGUUAAAGAGAGACAAUCCUAAACUAAAUGUGGCUUGAAUUAAAGAAUAAAGAAAAAAGUUCAUGGAGGAACAGUACACUUGCAGACUGUAUAUUGCCAUUGAUUGUCUCCUGCACAGAUUAAACCUUAUGUUCUCUAACAACUAUAAUUGUUAAUGCCCUGAAUUUUCCAGACCUUAAGAGAAUUCCCCAUUUAUAUGAUGCUCAAAGUUGAAAUAUUUCUGCAUAUUUUAAUCCUGUUUCACAGGUAUCUUAGAGGCAUUAUCGAUAAGAGAAUUUUGACUGCCUUGGUAUUGCAUUGAUGAUUUGAAUGAAACAGAGAAUGCACUGGAAGAUUAGUGUUCAAAUGGAACAGUGUUUCUUAAUUUCACAUUGAUCAUAUUUAGAAAAGAUCCAUGACAUAGUAACGGAGUUACCUCUUACUGAUCACGUAGAUAAAAGCAAUGUGUCUGCAUUUCAUUAUUUAGUUUCACAUGAGAAUGGGAGUAAGGUUCAAACAGUUUGCUUUUGCUGUUGCUGUUUGCUGUUGUGGUAACCGUGUACAUGCAGAGGUAUACAUCAGGCUUAAUACAAACAGACUACCUCUUCUGCCUAAUUCAUAUUACCCAACUCUGCGUUCUCACAUUGCUUUUAUAAUUUGACACAUUCAUGCACAACAUUAGGCAAAGUAAAACAGAUUUAAAACCCACCACCAAUCAGGAAACCGAUUAUAUGUAAAUAAAGCUCUGCAGUUUUUAGGACAUGUCAUAGUAUAAAAUAUGUAUAAUUUCAGUUUUGAUGUAUCCUUUAUAAAAACGUAUUAAUCUUUAA